AUGAAAUCUCAAGGAAAUGAACCCACUUCAUUUACCUCCCCCGAAACUCAAGAAAAUGUUGUAGAAAAUGGUGGUGGUACAAGUACUAGUAAUGUACCACUGGAGGAGGAAGAAUUGAUAUAUGAUGUUGAACUACUUCCCCAUGAUCCGGGAAAAAGAAUGAACAUAAUGGAUUAUCCCCCAAAUCAAAGAAAUGCGGUAAGGAGAGCUUAUAUUCUAAAAAAACCUUGUCAACCAAAAACUCACAACUUCCCUCAAAGACAAGUAGGAGGUUUGCGUCGUUUUAGUGUGAAUUGGUUCAACAAAUGGGAUUGGCUUGAGUAUAGCAUUGAAAAAGAUGCCGCAUAUUGUUUUGUAUGUUAUUUGUUCAAAGGUGAAGUUGAAAAUAAUAUGGGAGGUGAUGCAUUUGUUGAUGGAGGGUUUAGGAAAUGGAAUAAACCGGAACGAUUUGAGAAGCAUGUUGGUGGAAUUAAGAGUGCUCAUAAUCUUGCGUAUGAGAAGUAUGUGAAUUUAAAAGAUGGGAAAAAUAAAUCAAUUGUGAAUAUUUUUGAAAAGGCAAGUGAGGUAAUUAAAAAUGAAUAUUAUAUUCGUUUGAAUGCAUCUUUAACUUGUUUAAGGUUUCUUUUGGGACAAGGUUUGGCAUUUCGUGGCCAUGAUGAAAGUGAUGAGUCUCAUAAUAGGGGUAAUUUCAUUGAGCUAUUGAAAUGGUUAGGAGAAAAGGUUAAGGAAGUAGGUGAUCAUACUCUUGAAAAUGCACCCGGAAAUUGUCAAAUGACUUCUCCCCCGAUCCAAAAAGACAUUAUUAAUUGUUGUGCAAAAGAAACGACUAAGUGCAUAAUUGAAGAGCUUGGUGAUGAUUACUUUGCUAUAUUGGCCGAUGAGUCAAGUGACGUGUCCCAAAAAGAGAAACUAGCUCUUGUUUUGCGCUUUGUUGAUAGAAAUAGUGGAAAGGUAAUGGAGAGAUUUUUAGGCAUUGUUCAUGUUGGUGAUACUACCGCUUUAUCUCUUAAAGAUGCAAUUAUGUCAGUACUUGUGGAAUAA